GGAGCUGUCUUGUGCAGGGCUAGGAGUUUGAUGAGUCCCGUACAACUCAGUAUAUUUUUAAUAUAUGUAGUCUUUAUAUAAAUAUCUGCUGCUGGAACUGGAACUCCCUCGUUUCCCAGAGCAUUCCCGGUGAGGAGGAGCUGCCCAUGAGCUCCCUGGGGGAGGAGCUGCCAUCCUCUGCCACUGAUUGAUCCCUGAGCUUUAAUGUUUAACUUUGUGUUUAAUGAAGGGGGUGAGAUAAUCCUUUGGAGGGUGCGGAUCCAGCACUGGUAGAACCUUGUCCAGAACUUUGGGCAGCUGCUGCAGAGUGUUGGGAUUACAGAGCUGUUAAUGUUUUAAUUAAAGAUUUUAAUAUUAGACAGAAAUGAAGUAUCCAGUGUAAAAUUGAAAUGAGAACCUGACAGCAGCAUUUUCAGAAAGAAUUUUUUUUUUUUUUUUUUUUUUAUUCUGGCUGUGAAAAAGUCUCAGGAAGUGGGCAAAGGAUGGAGCUCAAACAGCAGCAGUAACCACAGCAACGGGUACAGGGAGUCCAUGACUUAAUCCAGCCAGCAUUCCUUAAAAAAUUGACGGAGCCGGAAGUUUUGUUACUUUAGACUUGGAAAAUAAAAGUUCCAGGCUGUGUUUUCUUUCAGCAGUGUAACAGGAACUUGUUCAGUCGUGGCAUAAAUCGAACACCUCACUGCAGUAGGAAUUGUGCUGUUGUUGGGCCAGUGAGGAGAGGAGCAGUGGCCGGGAAAAGAUGUUUUUAUUUCAGCACGGUGCUGUUGAUGUGUGCAGGGAAAGGGCCAAGCAGUGAGAGGCAGCGAGAGGGUGGGGGUGCUGGGAAAUCUGCUGGUGGUUCCCAAAAUACAUGAAGGGUAUAUUUGAGUAUAUAAAUACUUAGAGACCAGAUUCCUCCCUGUGAGGGUGGGGAGGCUCUGGAUGAGGGUUAGAAUUAGCAGCUGUGGCUGCCCCUGGAUCCCUGGAAGUGUCCAAGGCCAGGUUGGAGCAGCCUGGGAUGGUUGAAGAUGUCGCUGCCCAUGGCAGGGGGUGGCACUGGAUGAUCCUCGAUGUCCCUUCCCGCCCAAACCAUUCCAUGAGAGUAGGAGGAGAGGGAAGGAAAGCGAGGAGAGCGUGGUGUGUAGUGGGGGAAGGAGAGAAGCCUUCACGGCUCGGCUGAGUUCUUGAAGUGCAGUUUGGUUUCACACCUAAAGGUUGCAUUUCCUGAGGUUUUCCAGCAGUGACAUUCCCAUGUGUGGGCACCUGGCUGGAGCCCAGCAUGUGCAGACUCAGAGAACUGGUGGAGGCUGUGAAAUUUGGGACAGAAUUGAGGUGGAUGUGCUGCUCAUUCAGGCUGGAUGUGCCUGAAGUGCCAACUCUUUAUUGCUGAGAUGGAGCAGCUCUGGGAGAGCUCUGCCCUGGGGCAGCUCCAGCUUUGCUGCUGCUGGGGGAGAAUGGGAAUUCCCCAGCCUGGGGACAGCAGAUCGCCUGAUUUUUGCUUGUCUUGCAGGGGCUGAGGCACCAUGGAGCAGUACACGGCCAACAGCAGCAGCUCCACGGAGCAGAUCGUGGUGCAGGCGGGGCAGAUCCAGCAGCAGCAGCAGGGAGGUGUCACAGCUGUCCAGCUGCAGACUGAGGCCCAGGUGGCAUCGGCCUCAGGCCAGCAAGUCCAGACCCUCCAGGUGCAGGGGCAGCCUCUGAUGGUGCAGGUGAGCGGGGGCCAGCUGAUCACCUCCACGGGCCAGCCCAUCAUGGUGCAGGCCGUGCCCGGGGGCCAGGGCCAGACCAUCAUGCAGGUGCCCGUGUCCGGCACGCAGGGCCUGCAGCAGAUUCAGUUGGUCCAGCCAGGUCAGAUUCAGAUUCAAGGUGGGCAGGCUGUGCAGGUACAGGGGCAGCAGGGCCAGACCCAGCAGAUCAUUAUACAGCAGCCCCAGACUGCAGUUACUGCUGGCCAGACACAGACCCAGCAGCAGAUAGCAGUGCAAGGCCAGCAGGUUGCCCAGGCUGCUGAGGGCCAGACCAUCGUGUACCAGCCUGUGAAUGCUGAUGGCACCAUCCUGCAGCAAGUUACAGUCCCUGUUACAGGCAUGAUCACCAUUCCUGCAGCCAGCCUGGCUGGAGCCCAGAUUGUCCAAACAGGAGCCAACACCAACACCACCAGCAGUGGCCAGGGGACGGUCACGGUGACACUGCCAGUGGCUGGGAACGUGGUCAAUUCGGGGGGAAUGGUCAUGAUGGUGCCUGGAGCUGGCUCAGUCCCAGCCAUCCAGAGGAUCCCUUUGCCUGGAGCAGAGAUGCUGGAGGAGGAGCCCCUCUAUGUCAAUGCCAAGCAGUACCACCGCAUCCUGAAGAGGAGGCAGGCACGGGCCAAGCUGGAAGCAGAGGGAAAAAUCCCCAAAGAGAGAAGGAAAUACCUGCACGAGUCCCGGCACCGGCACGCCAUGGCCAGGAAACGGGGAGAGGGGGGCCGCUUCUUCUCCCCCAAGGAAAAGGACAGCCCUCACAUGCAGGAUCCAAGUCAAACCAACGAAGAGGCGAUGACACAGAUGAUCAGGGUCUCCUAACCCCUGCUUCCAGGGAAAAACACCUGAAGGGAAUUCCCAUCCCUCCUGCCAGCCUGUCCUGCCUGCCCAGAGUGUCCAGUGAAUCCUGGAGUGGGACAAUCUCCAUGCCACAGCCUGUCCUUUUCCACAGAGCAAGCACCACGUGUCGAGGACGUGCUUGAGGUUUUAACUCUACAAACAGAACCUUUCAGAUUUCCUUGGUGCCCUCUCCUGAUCCAGCACAGGGAAUCUGGAGUCUGAGCGCUCGUCCCUUUGGUUUUUCCUUCAUUUUCCCACCUCAGUCCCUGUAGCUGGUGCAGCUCAGCCCUGUCCAGGGACAGAUUCCAGCUCCUCCAGGCAGCUCUGAAUGGCUGCACCACAGGGCUGUGUUGCCCAGCAGAGAUUUGUUAUUCCAUCCACUCCUCACCCCUUUGGACUUGGUUUUCCCUGAGCUGGGCACUGCUGUUGCACUUCCGACCCUGGCAGAAACUGAAGGGGAUUCUUUUCAAUUCCACCUUGUAAAUGUGUAAAGAAGCUCUUCUCUGGGAAAGGUUCAGCCAUCCAGCCAAUGCUAGAAAUAGUCAAGAUUAAUGCAGGACUUGAUGUGUUGUGUCUCUGUUACAAGUGGGGUGGGAGAUGUGUGGGGAGGGAUUGGGUCAGUAAAUCGGUCUCUGGGUGAUUUUGGAUGUUCCUUGCCAGUACUUGUUGCUUUGGAAGAAAACUGGAUGCGAGUAUAAAAAGGAUUGAAACUUUUGAGUGAGUCUCUUCCAAAGGAUUUUUUUUUGUUUUUGUUAAGUCUUUCUCACCUGCCAGUGAAGUCCGUGGUUCCUCCAAGAGACGUGGAACCCUCGGUGUCAGAGUGGUGGCACUUGUCCGUUGUUGGGAUGGAGUUUCUGAUGCCUGAAUCAGUUCUGCAGUUCCAGAGUGAGGGACAGCAGCAGCUGGGGCAGUGCAACCUGAGGUACCUGAAGGACUCAGCAGAUGAAGGCAGAUACUGAUGAACCUUUCAUGCUUUUUAUAAAUUAAGCUCUUAAAAACAAAAGUGGCACUUAGUGAAGGAGCAAUAUUUACAUUACGAAAAAACAGGAUUUUUCCAUGAUCUGCAGCUGGCUUUGGGCUGAGCAUCUCCACAGAAUGGAGCUUUAAUUUAGAUUGUAAUACUGCCCUAUUAUAAUUUGAAUUUUGGUGAUGGGAGCAGUAGUUGAAAGCAUUUAACAGGUGAUUUCUCACCAUUCCACUCCUGUCCUGUCCCACCUUGAUGACUUACACAGCUGCUCUGGGGAUCACCCUGAUUUUCCAGUUUUUGUGUCCUGUAGUUCAAACUGGAUCGCAGCAGUGAAGUUUGGAGUUGGGAAUGUUGCUAGGUGAAUGUGAACCUGGCCUGGUGAAGCUGAAGAAUGAGGAGUUUUUGAGGAAAUGCAGCCCAGGAUGGGUGAGACAGGGUUAAAUUCAGUGAAUGCUGAUUUCAAGUGACACAAAAAUGCAGCUUGAAAAUUACCUUUCCCUUCUCCCAUGUUUUCCCAUUUACACUGGAAGCUUAUGGCUAAAGACAAACCAGCAAGUUUUUGAAGACUGGAAGGAUACAAAAGAACAGAGCCUGGAAAUUUCUAUUUCCUUUGGAUGGAAGAAAAAUACUAACCCUGAAGAGUAUGAGAGAGAGAGGAGAGAGAAGUGUCAGAUCCUUGUUGUGAGCAGGCAGUCCUGAAGGAAGAAGAAGCUUGUCCAGCUGUAAGGAUGCCCUGGGGAGGCAGUGGAAGGACGAGGAGGAGCUGCAGAGGGGGUUUGGAUUUGGCAGCUGCAUCUCUAAAUGCAGCUCAGCUCCUUGGUGUGAAUCCCGGUUCCGUGUCCCUCCCCACAGCUGGAGCUGGGAAGGAAACCCAGGGACACCUGCAGGAGGAGCUGGCCUGGCUCCUGGCAGGCAAAUAAAGUUACUUUCUUUCAAUUUUUGUCCUAAGUUAGACCAGUAAUCUGACACUCUGCUCGCAACUCUUAAUUAGGAUUUAUUUCUAAUGAUUUCAAGGGCAUUUUUAACAUUCAUUGCACCGUCAGGGCCUCUGGUUGCUUCUGCCUUAAAUCCUUGCCUGUUCCAGCUGUUUUCCUCACACAGCAUUUCCUGGGGUCUCCCCCAGUUCAGGAACUCUCCUUAAGGGAUUUUAGUUGGAUUUGCAGCAUUACUGUAAAUAGGGUUUUUUGCAGCAUCUGUACAUUUUGUUGGUGGAAUAUUUGUGUGCUGGAGUAAGAGCCUCUCCAGGAUGUUUUUUGCUUUUCAGUUGAUGGUAAAUCUCUGUCCUGCAACACCUUUUUGAGAGCUGGAAGUUUGGGAAGCAAGAUUAUUGCUCUAACAUACUGUUUCAUUAUUUUUUUUUUUUUUUUAAUGAGUAAUUAGUUUUCUUAAAGAACUUGUAGAGUUUUUCCCAAUAUCCCUUCAUAUCUAGGUUCUCUGAUCCACUGUUGUAGGUUGUGUGUGAAGAAAUACGGAUUUGUGUUCUAGAAAGUCUUAUUGUUAAUAUUUUAAAUAGUGAUGUGAAAGCCCGAGUGCUCCUGUCAUAUUUUUAUUUGUUUUGUGUUCUGUGUAUCACUGCUGAAGGUUUUGUUUAUUUGGUGAGGUUGGAGCCAGCAGUCAACACCAUGGUACCAAAAAUAUCUGAUUUCUUUUCCCAGGAAAUUGUUAAAAUUGGAGACAUGUCCAGUUCAAACCUCCCUAGUAAUUAAAUGAGAAUUCUUUGUAGAUUGGCUACACUUGAGCAAAAACUUGACUUUAGGAGUGAGUUAAAGAGUGGGUGAGGAUGAAAGAAGAGGCUUGGGGAGAAAUGUGUUUGAUUGACCCAGAGCCAUGAAGCAUCAAACCCAUCAAAGCCCAGAUUUAUAGGAGUGUAAAGAACAGGAUUUGGAAAAAAAAUGGUCCUCAAGUGAUGCUAAAUGGCUUUAAGGCCCUGCAUGUUAAAAAGAGGGGAAAAAUAAACUUGGUGAAGGGGCAUGGGAGGGUCCUGAGCUUAACAUAAUGUCAGGCAAAGUUUGUACAUAGUUCAAAGUUUUUAAUUUUUUUUAUAUGAUGCAUUUUUUCAAGUGUAUUUUGGUCUUUAAUAGAUGCAAUUGUAAGUACUGUGUACACUCUCCAGCUAAUAAAAUUUAUAAACUGAGAA